UAAAUUAGCUGAAAAAACGUUUUGGGCCCUAAGCCGACAAUCCUCGAGUUUCUGCUGGCCGUUGCUUCCUUCAAUCUCACUUCCAUGUCGCGCAGCUUCAUCUUCUUAACAGUUGCCGUCAUUUGCUCAAGGAACUGAAUUCUUGUGUUGAAGCUGUACUAAAUUAUCAGUAAAAGAGAACAAGAUGAAGCUGGACGUCGACGUUUUAAGAUAUCUCUCCAAAGAUGAUUUUAGGGUUUUAACCGCCGUCGAGAUGGGCAUGCGAAAUCAUGAAAUCGUGCCUUCAGAGCUAAUCGGUCGUAUAGCUUCCCUCAAGCAUGGAGGCACUUACAAGGUUUUGAAGAACUUACUCAAGCAUAAACUUGUGCAUCAUGAUUCUUCCAAAUAUGAUGGGUUUCGUCUUACGUAUCUUGGCUAUGAUUUCCUUGCCAUUAAAACCAUGGUCAACCGUGGAGUCUUCACCGCUGUUGGUCGUCAAAUUGGGGUUGGCAAAGAGUCUGAUAUCUUUGAGGUUGCGAGUGAAGAUGGUACUGUGAUGGCAAUGAAGUUGCAUAGGCUUGGUAGAACUUCCUUUAGGGCCGUCAAAUCUAAGCGUGAUUAUUUGAGACAUCGUAGUAGUUAUAAUUGGCUCUAUUUGUCCCGGUUAGCUGCACUCAAGGAAUUUGCAUUUAUGAAGGCUUUGGAAGAGCAUGGUUUUCCUGUACCAAAUGCUGUGGACAGUAAUAGACAUUGUGUAGUUAUGUCACUUAUCCAAGGUUACCCACUUGUUCAAGUGAAACAGCUGCAAAACCCAGAGACAGUAUUUGAAACAAUCAUUGGCCUUGUUGUUCGUCUGGCAGAACAUGGCCUAAUUCAUUGCGACUUCAAUGAGUUUAACAUAAUGAUUGAUGAUGAUGAAAAGGUGACAAUAAUUGAUUUUCCCCAAAUGGUAUCUGUUUCACACCGUAAUGCACAGAUGUACUUUGAUCGUGAUAUAGAAUGCAUUUACAAGUUUUUUGGCAAGAGGUUUAACUUGUCCUUUGAAGAACGUUCUGAUGAUAUUGGUAACUCAGAUGUAGACCCAGAUGAAAGUAGCAGACCUUCCUUUUCUUCAAUAGCCAAAACUGCCGGUUUUCUUGACAAGGAGCUUGCUGCCAGUGGAUUUACUAGAAAAGAUGAGGAUGAAAUUCAGAAAUUCAUUGAAGGUGAUGUCGAAGAGGAUGAUGUUUCUCAUGGUGAACAUGAUUCUGAGUUAUAUCAAACUAAUAUAAAGGGUUUUGAUUCAUUGCACUUAGAUCAGGAAGAGCCAACUUCAAAUUGUAACAAGGAAGAUCAAGUAGAAGAAAAUCUGCAUAGCUCUGAAGCAGGCCCAACCUGUGAUCCUGAAGGUCAAAACUUAAGCAAUGAGGAUGAAGAUGAGCAGAAUGGUGACGAAGAUGACACCGAACUCAUGAAGAGCUUGGCCAAGCAGAGACGACGUGCAAUGGCAGCAGCACGCAAAGGACACAAGAAUAAUACCUCUAGAAAUUCCUACAAAGACAAAGGGGGUAAAUCUUCUAAUAAUUCUAAAAUUCAGAAACAAUUGAGUAGUUGGUAAAUUUUAGCAUUGAUCCAGCACAAUAUGAGAUAUAUGUAAAAAUGCAUCCUUGUAUUUUUACAGUACGUGCCCAUGGAAACGAUUCGAUACUAUAGUUUCUUUAUCUGCUGAUUAGAUCAGAGAGGCAGGACCAUUACCUAGAACAUAUUGAUCAUCAAAUGAUAAUUUUUAUGCUUUUACUAUUUUUUGUUUUUAUAUUUAUAUUAUAUAUAUUUAACUUGAAUUGUAUUUGGAUCAAGUUUGUCGAUUAUAUUUUGCAACCAUGUUCUGCCUU